AUGGAAAUCUCCCCCAACUCCGGCCCCGCCGCCACCGGCGCCGGCGCGGCGACACCCACAACUCCCGCCGCCUCCUCCUCGAACCCAUCCCCCCCGUCCAAUCGCCCCAGCACCACGCUGCGCCUACUCUGCCCCUCCAGCCGCGCCGCCGCCCUCCGCCCCGCGCGCGACCUCCACGUGGAGUACCCGCCCGUGGGGGACGAGGCCGUGCUCUUCGUAUCCGGGACGGAUGCGCCAGCCGCGGCCGUGAGGGUGUGGGAGCGGGUGGUGGGGGUCGACGAAUCGGGGGAGGAGAAAGAGAAGGAGGUCGCCGGCGUGGUGGGCUGCCGGAUGCUGGCGUCCGGGGGCCAGGUGGGGUGCGUGCUGGGGAAGGGAGGCAAGACGGUGGAGCGGAUGCGGCAGGAGAGCGGCGCCCAGAUCAGGGUCUUCCGGAACAGGGAGCAGCUGCCGCCUUGCGCCUUGCAGGGGGACGAGCUCAUCCAUAUAAGUGGGAGCUUUUCUGCAGCAAGGAAAGCACUUUUAUUAGUUUCAACCUGCCUCCAAGAUAAUCCUAGGCCAGACGCAAUCAGUUUUCCGGCUGGAAGAACAUUUGGGCCUCCAGGCAGUGGAUGUCCACCUGGUUUGGAUCCUCAUUCUCAAAGAAGCUAUUUACCACCACAUAUACCUGAUUAUCAUGCAAGGAAUUUUCCAAGCAAUGUUGCUGCCCCUGGUCCUAGAUUCUUUGUUGAACAAGAGGUAAUGUUCAGAAUGAUAUGUUUAAAUGAAAUGGUGGGCAGCAUAAUUGGAAAAGGUGGUGCCACUAUCCGUGCAUUACAGAGUGAAACUGGUGCUUCUGUCAAGGUUAUAGACGCUGUUCCUGAUACAGACGAACGUGUAAUUGUGAUAUCUGCACGUGAGAAUUCUGAGAUGAUGCAUUCCCCAUCUCAGGACGCAUUACUUCGGGUGUAUUCUAGAAUCUCGGAGGUGUCUAUGGAUAAAAGUUCUGGUGUACCUGCUAGGCUUCUUGUUCCAUCACAGCAUAUUGGUUGCCUACUUGGCAAAGGUGGAUACAUUAUUGCAGAGAUGAGGAAAGUAACAGGAGCCAGCAUCCGAAUAUUUGGGAAUGAACAAAUUCCAAGAUGCGCACAAAGAAAUGAUGAGCUGGUUCAGGUCACCGGUAGCUUCCAGUCCAUUCAGGAUGCAUUGCUUCAAAUCACUGGAAGGAUUAGAGAUGUCAUCAUUCCCCCGAAGCCACAUCCUAGUGGAGGCAUGCCUCCAUAUCCACCUGUCGGGAACACAUCUCAUCAACCAGCUCCACCACAUCAUAGUGGAGGCAUGCCUCCCUAUCCUAUGCAUCCUUUCAGACCUCAUCCUCCUAUGGGUCCUUUUGACAUGGUAGAUCAUCGACCACCUGGACCACCUCCCUCGCAUCCAAUGGAACAUAUGGGUGCUGGGCCCUACUCGUAUGGUGGUGAACAAGGAGGUCCUCGUCCUUAUGUUGAGCAACCCUCACAGAGAACCUGGGGUCCUGAGGCACCGCCGACUGACGCUGCAAGAAGCAUGCCUGACAUGGUACCAGCUGUAAAUUUCCAAAAGGGACCAGUGGCGAGCAGUGAAAAUCAAGUGGCUGCACCAACAAGUACAACAACUGAAAUUGUAGUCCCUUGCAAGUACAUAAGUUAUAUCUGUGGCACCAAUGGCAGUGACCUUGCCGAGAUAAAAAAGAUGUCUGGCGCUGUAAUUACAGUUCACGAUGCAAAACCUGGAGAUACAAACACAACAGUUAUUGUAUGUGGGGAUGCUGAACAGACUAAGAAUGCACAGCGCCUGAUUCAUGCGUUCAUCUUUUGUGGUCUCUACCAAACAUGACCCAUGACAGAUAAUGAUCAUGAACUGUAUAUUGUCCAGAGGUUUCCAUCUGGAUCUUUUUUUCCCCUCAUAGGAUGUAUGUACAUUGUACAAUAGUCAUUGGAGUGUAGAUAGAACUGUAUUGAUGUCUGGACGCACAACACCUGUGUAAGUUCUUGAGUUGAUAGCUGGAACAUACCACCAUUGUAAGUUCUUGAGUUGAUAGCUGGACACACAGCACCAAUGUUAGUUCUUGUAUUUGGUUCAAGGAAUUACCAUGGAAUGAUGGAAGGCAUGCCCAGCUCUCUUGUUGUA